UUUUUCGAUUGGUACUAUCAGAUAGAGGAGGUUAUGCAGCAGAAGGCGCCAGUGGUGCCUAACAACAACAAUAAAUUUCAGUAUCCUCCGAGUGGUUCACUAAGAAGUAAAGGUUUAUCAGCAAAUUUCUUCAAAACAACCUUCAGCUCUCGCAUCAAAGCGGUACCCACCGCCACUUCUUCGUGCUCCGUUGACACAUUUACCAAAAUAGGUAGCGCGGAGACAAAACUUGUUUCAAAAACCCGGCCUAGAAUAGUUUCAGCGCCAGACAGCCAAUCAUCUGGUAAAGUAAAAGUUAGAAGAGGCAUUGAACGUGCGAAACCAUUAGUGAAGAAACCUGAUAAAAUACCAACAAGGCUAAAGGAAAUUGACCCCGGAGGAUCAAAAGCUGUCGAUGUUCCUAAAACAAAACCUAAUCAUGACUUAAAAAGUCCAAAUGUAGUGUUGCAAAUCGUGAAAAAGGCCCAGGCUCCGAAACCUUCGGUUAUCAAGGAGCAUGGAGGUAUUCUACCACCACCUCUAAGGCCUAAAGAAGCAAAAUCGAAGUUGAAAUUGACGAAAAAUAUAAAUAACAAUGAUGUAUGGACUAAAGAAGUUAAAAUUACUGAACAGAUCGCCAGUAUACCUUUAAGAGGGCCAAGUCAAGGGAAACAGGAAGGUACCCUCAAAGGAGCUCCUUCUGUCAGCAGCCUCGAUUCCAAACAUCACAAAGUCGCACCAGCUAGAGAUAAGAGCCUGAAAAUCUUUGGGUCCAAAGAGAAAUUGCAUAAGCCACAUAAGAAAAAAGAUUUGGGGAAUAAUAAUGCUGUGCUAGAAGACCCUGAGUUCAGAGAAGGGGAAUAUGAAGACGCGAGACAGGAUUUUGGGAGUGCUGAGGAGUUGGGGUCGGUAGAUGAGAGGGGGUCGCAGGACUUUGUCAGUUUGCCGGUCACUUUGAAUGCCGAACACAUGCCGGGGUUCCAGGAGGUUGACCUCAGACCCAGAAUACCAUCUGAGGCAUCUCUUGCGUCAGGGGCGCGAGAGAUAGAAACUCUACGGCGAGAGCUGGAAACUACUGUGAUGGAGCGAGCGCAACUUCAAGCUAAGGUUGAGGAGCUUCUUGAGCGAGCUGGAGAGGCUGACCGAUUGCGGUCUGAACUUGAGCGGCUCAAGACUAUAGAAACCGAGCGUGAAGCGGCAUUAGAACGACUAGCCGACGAGAAUGGAGCUCUACGUGCGCGACUACGCGGCGUCGCCCAUUCGCCGUUGUCGGACAGUGAGAAGAGGCAUUUGUUGCUUGCGCCCGCGCCUGCGCCGCAUCCCAGGCGCAUGCACUCAUCGGCACCAGCCUCUAUAGCACUGGCUCACAAUGGCGAAGGCGACAAUGGUGAAGCGAGCACUCCAGAGUGGGACAAGCACUCGUCAUCAUCACUCAGCGAGGUAUCCGUGGCCUGUCUGCAGGACCGCAUCCUGCAGAUGGAAGAACACCAUUACAGCACCAGCGAAGAGCUCCAAGCAACUUUAGCCGAAUUAGCCGAUCUGCAAACGCAACUAGCUGAUGCGCAUGCCGACAAUGAGCGACUGGCCGACGAGAAGCAAGUACUGCUGGAGUCCCUAUGUCGGCAGACCGAGAAACUGGAGGACAGUCGAACUAAGGUGGAUACUCUUCAAGAGCUGUUGCUUCGCGAGGGCAUCGAACCGGAGACGUUGGUAUCAGGAGACCCCGACCAACAGCUUUUCGCUGUCCUAAAGCUAUCUCAAGAGGAAAGGCGGCUUAUGCUGUCGAAGCAAGAGCAGUUGGAGUCAGAUCUGACCGGCACCAAGGCCGCGCUCGAGGAGAAAACCAAAGAAAAUGAUUCAUUGAAUGAGAGAAUUAGAUCCCUAGAAAGUUCUCUGGAGAGAACAGAAGCAGAGCGCCUGCGCUGGGAGCACGAGGCCGAUGAUGCGCGGGAGAUGGCGGCGGCGCGGCAGCACCAGAUCUCCACGCUCAGCGAUCUGCUGGACACAGCCAAGGCCAAAGUCAGUGUCGAGCCAAUUUUACAUUCCUUUAUUGAACAUUAAAAGAACGUUUUUAAAAACUACAAGAAAA